AUGCUUCGCUGGGGUGUUCUCGGCACGAGCUUCAUCUCAAACACGGUGGUGUCCGCCAUUAACGCCAGCCCCGAUUCUCAAGUCAUCGCCGUCUUUGGGCGAAACGCGGAACGACUGGCCUCUUUCGCAGAGAAACACGCAAUCACGCACCGAUUCCAGACCAUCGAAGAGCUCGUGGCGCACUCGGACGUGGAUGUCAUCUACGUCGGACUCCCCAGCCACCUCCAUGCUGAGGCAUCCAUCGCCGCAGCCAAGGCGGGCAAGCCGAUCCUGUCCGAGAAGUCCCUGACCACAACAAUGAAGGAUGCCCACGCUCUCAUCGCCGAGGUCAAGCAGCAGAACGUCUUCUUCCUCGAGGGCCUCAUGUAUCUAAGCCACCCGGUCAUGGCCAAGUUCGCCGACAUCAUCCGCUCUGGCGCCCUGGGCGAGAUCCGCGGCGUCUCGGGCUACUACGCCGCCAACAUCUGGAAGAAGGCCAAUCCGUUGGGCAUGGGUACUAUCUACAACCUCGGAUGUUAUCCCGUCUCUCUGCUUCACUGGGUGAUCCAAGUCGCUUCCGGCAAGGAUGCCUUCAAACAGCGCAAGGUCACUGGGCUGGGCAACCUUGCCGAGGAUGGCUCCCACAUUCGUGACGCAUCGCUGAAUGUGCGGUUUGGAAAUGGAGUGCUCGCCACGAUCCAGUCGACGGACAGCUUUGGAAACGACUCUGCGUUUGUGGUGCAGGGAGAUAAGGCUUCGCUGCGAUUCCGCACGAAUCCAUGGCUUCCGCCAGCUGGAAAGAGCAUCAUGGAGCUCAAACCAUACAAAGGAGAAGUUGAGGAGAUUGUAGUGGAGUCGCCGUUGGAUGCCUUUGGAUGGCAGGUCAAGAAUGUCGAGUCCUGCAUUGCGAGGGGAGACAAGCAGGCUGCACGGCCGUCUCCUACCUGGGAGGACUCGCUUGAGAUCAUGGAGUUGCUUACUGAGUGGGAGGCAGCCAUCUUUGCGAAUGCUAGCGGCGAAAAGCAAUGA